UUGGCUACCGGCCGGGCACCGACCGCCGACCGCCGGUUGGCCUUGUUCGGCUGAGCAGAUAAGCGCUGGCUGGGCUGCUCUGGCUGGCCUAGCGGUUCGGCGGUCAGGUGCAGCUGAACGGCUGGAGGCAAGCCGCCCCGUCGGCUUUUGUUCCGACGUCUGGUACGAAACUACAAAAGUUCUAGUCGGCACGGUACUCCCAGCAAGAAUACUGAUUCCAGCUAGCACUCCAGCCCAGCCAGCGCUUUUAAGUUCAACCGAACGGGCUCUAGGCAGUUAGGCAAGGGAAACACUCGCUAGUCGGCGGUCGCUCGCGGCGCACGCCGGUGUGUGCGCGAGGUUGAUGGGCGCGGCGGGAUGAGCGAGACGGGCCCGACCAUGAGGCGGCUGAGUGGCGCGUCCAACGGCGGCAGCGGCGGCGGCAAGGCGGCGGGAGGAGGUUCUGGCGCCGCCGCCGGACCGUGGGAGGGGGGCGGCAAUGCGGCGCGGAUCCGUGGCGUGAACGUCGGGAUCAUGGACGAGAAGGUGCUGGAGCUCGUGUUCCGGACGCUCAACUGGGACCCGCAGUCUCUGUGCGUGGUGGCGCGGGUGAGCCGGCGGCUGCGCGCCGUGGCGGAGCGCGUGCUGUGGCGGGAGCUCUGCGUGUCGCGGGCGCCGCGGAUGGUGGCGGCGCUGACGGGCGGCGCCCCCGCGUCGGCGCCGGCGGCCGGGCGCAUCGGCGGCGGGUGGCCGGCGCUGGGGAAGCUGCUCCUCUUCUGCUGCGGCGCGGCGGGGGCGGCGGUCCCGGGCCACUUCGCCCCGGUGUCGCGCUUCUCCAAGACGUCCGGCCGGAGCUUCCUGUCGCGGCGGUGCGCGGGGGACCUGCUGUUCGUGUCGGACCCCUGCGAGCACGCCGUGGCCGGCGCCGCCGACGACGUGGGCCCCUACCGCGGCGUGUUCCGCGGGUUCAUGCGCUCCCGGACGCGGGCGUGGCUGGUGGGCCACCGCGCCCCGCUGGAGCCCCGCGUGCGCUGCCCCUACUGCGGCGCGCGCGUCUGGAGCAUGACCGCCGCCGGGCUCGCCCCGCGCAGCGCGUCGCGGCGGCUCGGCGCCAACGAGGGCUGUCUCGAGUACUUCGUCUGCGUCAGCGGGCACCUCCAUGGCAGCUGCUGGCUCGCGCGCCUCUCCGACAGCGAGGGCGCCGGGCCCGACGGAUCCGACGCCGACCACGCGUCCGCCGACGAGGACGACGUUGGGCUGUGACUCGCAUCGCCGGCGGAUUCGACGUGUACAGAGAGUCUAGUAUAAGCCUCAGCUUAGCAUUUUUAACCCCUCUUCUCUUUCCAUUCAUCUUUGUAAAUGCUGUGGCUGGCGGCGUGCCGCUGUUUGCAUUGCUUCGGUGGUCGCCGGACGACGCCACCGGAUCAGGCACAGGCACGAGCCAACCUUGCAGCUGCGGCGCGCACCGACGCGCCGUGCUUUUGACACCGUGGCCUGCUCGGUGCUUCGCAUGGGCAAUGGCAGAAUCUUUAAACCGGCAGUGGACUUGGCGUGCAAUUCCUCUCUUUUUGAAGAGACCAUGCCUCUCCUUGUUUUCAAGAUGGCCGAUCUGACCUCGCCGCCGUGCUGCAUUGAUGCGUUUCUGGGCUGCCGCCGGCGAUGCCCAUCCGGCGUCGGCGGCGUGGCCAUUAGCCCCAUGCCAUGCCACCGAAUUGGUCCGUCCGGCCAUGGCACACACGAGGCUUUCUCUUCCCGUGGCUGCGACGGACCGACCGCCGCUGCAGAGCUCUUGGCUUUCACGAGGGUUUUUGUGAUGGCUUGCGGGGGACACGAAUACACAGGGAUUUGUGCCUCUCGAGCUCAGUACCAUCCCCGAACAGUAACAGCUCGCAAACCUUUGUUCGUCAACCAAUGGAUGUGUUCCAUUGAAAAACUAAUGGUGUGGCAUUCCUGGCUCCGGGGUGUAACGUCUUGGAGGAGAAAUGGUACUGACAACGGCAAGGGUUUGGUUAA